AGUUUCACAUUUUUGUGGGCGACUUGAGUGCAGAAAUUGAAACUCAACAAUUAAAAGAUGCCUUUGCACCCUUCGGAGAAAUAUCAGACUGCAGAGUUGUUCGUGAUCCUCAGACAUUAAAAUCUAAAGGUUAUGGUUUUGUGUCGUUUAUUAAAAAAUCGGAAGCGGAAACCGCCAUCACAGCCAUGAAUGGUCAAUGGUUGGGUUCACGUUCAAUACGUACGAAUUGGGCAACAAGAAAACCGCCAAACGCCAAACCAGAUGCCAAUAGCAAACCUUUAACAUUCGAUGAGGUUUACAAUCAGAGCAGCCCCUCAAAUUGUACCGUAUAUUGUGGUGGCAUGAAUGGCACGUUGGCUGGCUUUCUAAGCGAGGAAAUUUUACAAAAAACAUUUUCACCAUUCGGUACGAUACAAGAGAUACGUGUGUUCAAGGAUAAGGGUUAUGCAUUUGUAAGAUACUCUACUAAGGAAGCGGCAACACAUGCAAUUGUUGCUCUACACAAUACGGAGAUAAAUCAACAGUUGGUCAAGUGUGCGUGGGGCAAAGAAAGUGGCGAACCAUUACAUAUGGCUGCCUUAGCAAGUCAAGCACUCGGACACGGAUUUCCGUUUGGUACAGCAGCUGCAGCUGCUGCAGCAGCAGCCUAUGGACAACACGUAACCGGAUAUUGGUAUCCUUCAGCACCCACUGCAUACCAAACAGCUGCUGCUGCUGCUACAGCAGCCCCAACAGCGACAACAGCAGCAAAUGCUUUACAGCCGGGUCAAUACUUACAAGGAAUGCAAGGAUUUACAACAUUUGGACAGUUUGGCGGUUAUCAGCAAGGUUUUAUGGGAAUGGGUGUUCAAGUGCCAGCUACAUGGCAAAGUAUACCAGCCCAAGCACCUUUACCCGGAACAACAGCACCACAAAUUACGCAAACUGUUAGUAAUUCCCUACCACAAACUGCUGGAGUUGUAGCAUAUCCCAUGCAACAGUAUCAAGUCAAUCCUCAGAUUGCAGAAGAUGAAUGGCUGGCACCGAGUCUACUUGUGUAGCUGCCAUGAUGACCUCCUAUCAUAGGAGAUGCUUGUUAUGCAGCAGCUACCGCAGGAAACUUAAAUACGAGUUUAAUGCCGUGUGCUUGUCCAAAAGCUUUAUUAGCUACUAAUAAUUCUACAACAACUGCAGCAGCAACAACUACAACUAAUAAUUCAGCAGCGCCUUUAUAUGUACAGCAGGCAACAUUAAAAUGUCUGCCACAUCACCAUCCUCAUCAGCAGCAACAACAACAACAAC